GGCUGCUCGACAGUUCUUAACGUUCAGGCAGGCGUGAGUGUGUUUGUGUUCACCCUGGUUUGACAGCAGCGAUCUCACUGGCAGCGUGAGUGUGCGUGAGCGUGUGGCGUGCGUGUUUGUUACUGAGCGUCCUCUUCCAUGUGCGCUGCAUGGAUGCUGGUGUUAUUGCGCAGUGUGAAGUGAGCACCGGUAGCCGACACGAUGUCCAGCACACCGCACGACCCAUUCUACUCGUCUCCGUUCGGUCCGUUUUACAGAAGACACUCGCCCUACAUGGUGCAACCCGAGUACCGAAUCUACGAGAUGAAUAAGCGGCUACAGUCCCGUUCAGAGGAGUGUGAUAACCUGUGGUGGGAUGCUUUCUCCACUGAGUUCUUUGAAGACGAUGCCACCUUGACUCUGUCGUUCUGCCUGGAAGAUGGGCCAAAGAGAUACACGAUUGGCCGGACUCUGAUCCCCCGUUACUUCAGCACAGUAUUUGAAGGAGGAGUGACCGAGCUCUACUUUGUGCUGAAACACUCCAAGGAGUCCUUCCAUAGCUCCACCAUCACUCUGGACUGUGACCAGUGCAGCAUGAUCACGCAACAUGGCAAGCCCAUGUUCACCAAGGUGUGCACUGAGGGCCGGCUGAUCCUGGAGUUCGCCUUUGACGACCUGAUGAGGAUUAAGACGUGGCACUUCACCAUCAGGCAGUACAGGGAGCUCAUCCCACGCAGCAUCCUGGCUGUUCACGCACAAGACCCUGGGGUGCUGGAGCAACUGUCCAAAAACAUAACCAGAGUGGGCCUGACCAACUUCACACUCAACUACCUCAGGCUGUGUGUAAUCCUUGAGCCCAUGCAGGAGCUGAUGUCGCGCCACAAGACGUAUAACCUGAGCCCGCGCGACUGCCUCAAGACCUGCCUCUUCCAGAAGUGGCAGCGCAUGGUGGCGCCCCCAGGUCAUCCACCCAACUUCAAAACAGAAAUAUUUCCAUCAAACCACAAAAAAGCUGAACCAGCCAGACAGACGACGACAAAGAGGCGGAAAAGGAAGAACUCGGCGAGCAGCGCAUCCAGCAGCGUGGGCAACAGCAAGAAGCGCAGCCCCGCCAGCACCUUCAGCCUGGCCACACAGGUACCUUGCUCUCCGUCUCUGGUUCCCCCAGCCCAAAGCGGCCGGCGGAGUGACGGGGGGGUUUUCCGCGGCGCGCGGCGGCGGGUGGCCGGAGGCGGAGCCGGGGAUGUGAUGGUAGUGGGCGAGCCCACUCUGAUGGGUGGGGAGUUUGGGGACGAGGAUGAGCGUCUGAUCACACGGCUGGAGAACACGCAGUACGACGCCGCCAACGGCCUUGAUGACGAAGAGGACUACACUUCCUCUCCAGCGCUAGGCAACAACGGCCCCUGGAGCAACAAGCCCCCAAACCCCCAGGACGGCAAGUCCGAUGCCACGGCAACCCAGCCAACCCAGUAGCACUACCGCACCACCGAGAAACCCCAAAACCACAGAAUGGCAAGUCAUCAUGCAAGUUCUGAAAAAAGAACAAGGACACUAGUCCAUCUUUCUCAGUAGUAACAGCUCAGUAAACAGACACUGUGUCAAUACAAUCUCCAUAGCAUGAAAUAUAGCUGUAAUACAACCCUAACCGACUGAAUUCCUCAGUAAUGAUGUUCUUCAAGUAACCAACCCCAGGCUCCGGACUCAGAAGGGAAGAGGGAGCUCAGUGAGCACUCAUUCUGCAGGACUCAUUGAAAAUUACACAGGAGCAAGAUUUUGCAUAUGCACUGUACAUAAACUGGUAGAGUUUGGCGAACAGAGGAAGGAUGGAUGCAUUGGACAUGAAACCCCCACCAGAGUCGCAUGACGAACUAAGUUGGAGAUGGUUCCAGUCGACGGUCCAGCUAUGAUGAAGUUGAUCGCCGACCCAUCUCAAACCUGAACAGGGCUCAGUGUGAAAGCCCUCAUCAGCACCAGUGAACCUGGAGCAGGUGUGCCUCGAUGAAGGACUCACACAGCCUAGGAACAGAUUGGAAAUAAUGAGGGUCUUUUUUCUCCUUUUUUGAAAAAAAAAAGACAAUAGAUUGUCUUGACAUAUCUGAUUUUUUAUUAGAAAGUGAACACAUCCAUUUCUUUGUUGUUCUUGUCUUCAUUGUUGCUUUUCGUGGCGAUACAGUAAGCUGCUGUCCCUUUGUUUCCUCUAUCUUAGAGUUCAAAUCAUUUUCUACAACCUCUCAGCCCACGCAGAUACCUACCCAUUUUAUACAUCUGUGUACAGUGUAGCAUAUCAGCUCUCCCUCCCACCCCCACACAUAUGUACAUAGCAUCUGAUUCUCUUGACAUCAUUUUUUACACCUAUGUACAGGACUUUGUAUGGAUAUGUUUUCUUCCAUCUAUUUGGAGCCACACACAGUUGUAAAAAAAAGAAAACUUUGUCAUAAUGUAUGACAAUGGUUUGGUUUGUUAAAUGCUGUUCCCCAGGUGACAUAUUAUUUAUCAUCAUUUGCUCAUACGUCUGAGUAAGUGUUGUCAGUUUGGUUUGCUUUAAUUAUUUGGAGAAAAAAAAUCAAGAAAGUUAUAUUUUUGGUGAAGUUAUGAAAUCACUUAGAAGACCAAAAAGCCAGGCUCCGUGUGUAGGAAACAACUGUUUCAGCAUAAUUCAUGAGCAGACUUUGAUAGCGAAUGUUACAUGUUUUGUUUGAUUCUUUCUGAUGGUUGAUACUGCUUUUUUGUAUUCCCAAUCUAAACAACAUUCUGGAUAAAUACAUACAAAAGUCA